GUUGGGCUCAUGUGGUUUGUGCUCUGUACAUUCCCGAGGUGCAGUUUGCAAAUGUUUCUACAAUGGAACCUAUCGUGUUGCAGUCUGUUCCUCAUGAUCGUUAUAAUAAGACAUGCUAUAUUUGCGAUGAACAAGGCAGAGAAAGUAAAGCAGCCACUGGUGCUUGUAUGACAUGUAAUAAACACGGAUGUCGUCAAGCUUUUCAUGUUACGUGUGCACAAUUCGCAGGACUUCUUUGUGAAGAAGAAGGCAAUGGUGCAGAUAACGUCCAAUACUGUGGCUACUGUAAAUACCAUUUUAGUAAACUGAAAAAGAGCAAACGGGGAUCUAAUAGGUCAUAUGAUCAAAGUUUAAGUGAUUCUUCCUCUCACUCUCAGGAUAAACAUCAUGAGAAGGAGAAAAAA